AUCGGGGGGAAGAAUAAAGGAGGGGGGAAAAUGAACGAAAUCAAGGAGUGCCUACGGAACAUCGAACAGACAUACAAAAUCUUCCAACAGCAGCAGUUCACCUUCAUUGCUGCCCUGGAGCACGUUCGAGAAAACGCCCAUGAUAAAAUUAAGCCUGUGUCUAGCAUCGGGCAGGUGCAGACAUACAUGGAGCACUAUUGCAACCACACGACAGACAAGCGCAUUCUCCUGAUGUUUCUCAACAUCUGCUGCGAACUGAACAAGCUUUGCAACAGGCUGGAGUCCCUGCACCCUGGAAACAGCAUGACCAACGCACUCUUGGAGAAAUGCAAGAUGUAUGUCAGCCAGAGCAACGACCUCAGCGGCCUCCGCGCCAAAUAUCCUCACGAUGUGGUGAACCAUCUCAGCUGUGAUGAAGCCCGAAACCACUACGGCGGUGUGGUGAGCCUCAUCCCCAUCAUCCUGGACUGCAUGAAGGAGUGGGUGGCCCACACGGAAAAACUCCCACGAAACAUGUUGCAGAGCGCUUCUUAACUUCUGCCAUUUUUUUGCUUCCAACCAGAAGACGCUUCUGAAUAA